UUCCUUCUCCAUUCAAUGAACUGACUUCAGCAGGGGAAAGCAGUGGAGUUUGCCUGUUAGAGGAGGAGCUGGAGAAAGAGUAGAGGCGGGUGUGGGUUUCUGUUUCUGUUCCUGUUCCUAUUUCCCCCGCAGGGUGUUAUAUGGCCAUGGCCGGCUCGAACCGGGGUCCUUCCGCCCGAGUGCUUUUGCAGCAGUGCCUGCGCGCGAGGCUGCAGGUGAAGCCUGCCGAGCCGGGUUCCGAAGCCGAGUGGGUGGAGAUCCAACGGGGACUUAUAAUCUAUGUAUGUUUCUUCAAGGGGGCUAGUGAAGAAAUCAUUCCCAAAAUAGUUGAUACACUCGUAAAUGUGAAGUUAAGUGAAACUGAAGGUGGCAAAUAUGUUUCUAUUUUGGAUUUGCCAGGUAGCAUAUUAAUAAUACCCCAGGCUACACUGGGUGGUAAAGUGAAGGGAAGAAGCAUGCAGUAUCAUUCCAACGUUGAAAAGGAAAUUGGGAUGGAGCUCUAUUCCCAGUUUGUGACUCAAUGUGAAAGAGAACUAUCUGCUAAUACCAAAUGUGCAGAAUCUGGUGCUGUUCUCAAGCAUGGCACAUAUGGAAACCGGCAAGUGUUGAAAGUAGACACAAAUGGACCUUUCACUCAUGUGAUUGAGUUUUGAAAAACAAGUUUUUUGUUGUUGUUUUUGGAAUUCAUACUGCCUGACAAAUGUUGCAUUAUUGUGUCAAAUGUUGCUAUAGGUUAGCAGUAUACUUAAAUUGGUCCUAAAUGACUGAGAGCAAAGAAAAGAUUUCAGUCAUCCCAGUAAAUAAAUAUAUUUAAUUAUUAAAUUAAAUAGUUUAAAUUUAUCUUCCUCCUUUCAAUCAGUGGUCCUUGUUCUUUGACAAAAAGAGACCCACCAGCAGAAUUCUGUCUUUGUCCUUGAAUCUAUUCUACCAGGCCUCUACAAGAACAUUUUUUCUCUCUGGCCAUUCUCUAUAAUCUUUUCGUGCCAUUAUUACUACAGUCAGUAGUGUAGUGGCAACUUCAGAAGUGCAGGGUCCUGUUUUGAUAGCUAUACCCCUCACAGCCACACCCCCUUCUAAGAUUAUACAACCUUCUAAGACUAUAGAAUAAUUUGGCCAGGCUUGAUUACUGCUUUGUGCUUCUCUGUCACAUUUGACUGUCCUUUGUAGUGCAGUACACUGCUGGAAAUUGGUAUCAUUUUAAAAACAACCCCUACCCCCAGUGCCAGAUAUUAUGCUUCUAAUAUUGAUGCACUCAUGGGAAAUCCAGAAUUAAGAUGUAUGACUCUAUGGCAAGUGAUUAUAAGAAGUUGGAAAUACAACGUUAAACAAAAAUUAGGAACAAUUGUCAUCACUUUGGGGAUUUGCAAACCACAAGUAACCAAAUAGGUGUAUAACUUGGAAGUUCUCUUUGAUAUACAGUAUCUGUGUCACUUGAGGCCCAAGGGACCAGGAACGCCUAUUUCCAGCUAUAACCCUUUCUUGAUAGGAAUAGCUUGGCUACAGUGCCACCCUGUGGUAACUUCCAGAUUUGACUGCUGCAAUGUUCUCUAUGUGGGGCUGCACUUGAAGACAAUCGGGAAGCUUCAACUAGUGCAGAAUAUACAGCAAGUCUGGUGUCUCCAGCCAGACGCACAUUAAACUAGUCUUGAAAUAUCUGCUUUAGUUGUCAGUUAUCUUUGUUAACACUAAUGUAUAAACUGAGCCCAAACUGAGUUGGGAACCAAAUAUCGGGGAAGGUUUGUCUGGUAGUACCAUCACCCUUUGUGAGUCCUCAGCUUGUGGAAUAAGGACCUAGGUGCACCUUGCACCACCAUUGGAUGCUUUUUGAAGGUCAAGACAC